AUGUAUGCUGUGUCUCAUAGUGAUGAGGGUGACUGCUACCGCUGUUUCCCGCCCGAUCCGGGCAUUGAGGCUGCUGCCCUAGGUGCUUGCGACGCUGCUGCUCUAGGUGCGAGUGUGUCUGCGUCCUCAGGUACUGGUGAGUCUGCGCUCUCAGGUACUACGUCGGCUUCGGCCUCCCUCACCUUCACUCUUGACUCUGGGGCGUCUCGCUCCUUCUUUCGGGACCGCACCACACUCACGCCGCUUAGUCGGCCGGUUGCGGUGUCUCUGGCUGACCCCUCCGGGGGUCCUGUACUGUCUCGCUUCUCCACAGUCCUUCCGUGUCCGGCGGCUCCCUCUGGCACCCUGUCUGGUCUCUACCUCCCCUCGUUCUCGACGAACUCGGUGAGUGGUGCUGACCUACAGGAUGGGGGAGUACACCAGUUCACUCCUGCGCGUCAGCGGGUGACGCACUGUACAGAGGCUAGCACAGGCUGGCACCUGGCUACGUUUACCCGUCAGCCGGGGUCGAGCCUGUACACACUGACCAUUGCGUCUCCUCCCAUUACUGAGUCUGGUAGAGUCGCUUUGUCCGGUCAGGUGUUUGCUGCAGCGUCCAGGUCUGGUCCUGAGUCUGCCCCCUGUUCGUGUCAUCUCUUGUCUCACGAGACUCUCCUCUGGCACCACCGUCUUGGUCACCCCUCUCUGCUUCGGCUCAGAGGCAUGGCCUCCCGUCUUCUUGAGUCUGGUCUCCCCCAGUCCCUCCCUCCCCUUCCUCAGGGCCCUGGCCCUGCCUGUGUCCCCUGUCUUGAGGGGUGCCAGCGGGCUGCCCCUCACUCCUCCCAGUUUCCUCCGACAGAAGCCCCGUUGCAGACGCUUCACAUAAACGUGUGGGGCCCGGCCCGCGUCCGUGGACAGGGUCACGAGCGCUACUUCAUGCUCGUUGUUGACGACUACUCGCGUUACACCACGGUCUUCCCCUUGCGCAGCAAGGCUGAUGUCACUGAGGUGCUGAUCGACUGGAUCCGCGCGGCUCGUCUCCAGCUCAGGCGGAGCUUUGGCUCGGACUUCCCUGUUCUGCGUCUGCACUCGGACAGAGGCGGAGAGUUUUCCUCUGGCCUACUGCGAGCCUACUGUCGCCCACGAGGCAUCCGUCAGACCUUCACGCUUCCGGACUCACCGCAGCAAAAUGGGAUUGCUGAGCGCCGCAUUGGCAUGGUCAUGGACGUCGCUCGUACGUCUAUGAUGCAUGCGGCUGCCCCCCAUUUUCUGUGGCCGUUUGCGGUCAGGUACGCGGCGCAUCAGAUCAACCUCCACCCUAGGGUCUCCAGGCCGGAGACCUCCCCAGCCUUACUGUGGACGGGGAAGGUUGGCGAUGUGUCGGCGUUCCGGGUCUGGGGAUCUCGGGCGUUUGUCCGCGACUUGUCUGCGGACAAGCUGUCCCCUCGUGCUGCUCCUUGCGUCUUCCUGGGGUUCCCCCCUGACGCACCUGGGUGGCAGUUCUACCACCCCACCUCUCGACGUAUUCUGUCCUCCCAGGACGUCACGUUUGACGAGUCGGUCCCCUACUACCGCCUCUUCCCCUACCGCACUCCGUCCCUCCCCCCACCCCCGCUCUUCCUUGUACCAGGUCCCCCCCAGGUAGACUCCCUCCCCCCUCAAGGUGUGUCCCAGAUAGACGCAGUCGAGCCUGUCGAGGUCACUGGUGACUCUGGUGCUGCUGGGGGUGCUGAGCCUGGGGGUGCUGGACCUAGGGGUGCGGAGUUUGGGGGUGCUAAGCCUGGGGGUACUAAGCCUGGGGGUGCUGAGCCUGGGGGUGCUGAGCUUGGGGGUGCUACGCCUGGGGGUGCUGAGCCUGGAGGUGCUACGCCUGGGGGUGCUGAGCCUGGAGGUGCUACGCCUGGGGGUGCUGAGAGUGGAGGUGCUCCGCCUGGAGGUUCUCAGGGUGCUUCUUCUCGCCGGGAGCCACUCUCUCCACAGGAGUUGCGCGAGUGGUUUGCCCGACGCUGGCGCCGUACUGCUGGUGCUGGAGGUUCUUCGGCUGCUGAGGGUGCUGCGGUCGCGGUUCUCGGAGGUGCUCGUACUGGGAGUAGUGGAGCUGUUGGGCCUACGGGUUCGACUGGAGCUGGUGCUGCUGAGGGAGUUGGCGCUGAGACUACCGCUGGCGGUCCUACUGGGGGUGCUCCUGGUGCUGCUGGAGGUGCUGCUGGAGCGGGUGCUCCUGCUGAGGGUACUAGUACUGUCCCUGUUGCUUCUGGCGUCUCACAGCUACAGCCUGCCUCCCCUCUGCCUGCUCCUUCUCCCUACGCUGGUCCUACUGGAGGUCUUACUGAGCGUCGUGAGCCUGCGUCUCGUCCUGCGUCGCCUGUUAGAGCUGCUCGCGCUAGUGGUCGCGGUUCGCGCCAGCGUCCUCCUCCUGUCCCUCGCACGCACCGGAUGUCUCUGCGUCUGUCUACUGCUCCUCUGCGUGCCCCUUUGCCUUCCCCUCCUGAGUCCUCUCUUCCUGCACUUGCCGACCCUGAGUCGGACUCUCUUCGUGCUGCCAGUCCUACUGUCACGCGUCUCCUUGCUACUGCGGUCACUGACCCUUCUUUUGAGUCUACUGCUGCGUCUGCUCUCGUUACUGAGCUCGUCGACUUUGCUGCUCGCUGUCGCUUAGACUACGCUGCUAGUCUUGUCGCUGAGUCUGAGUCUGUCUGUCCUCCGUCCGUCGGGGGUGAGUGUGCCCUUGGCACGGACGUCCUUGAGGAUAGGCAGGAGGAGUUCCAGUGUCUGGCAGCUGCUUCACCUCUUCUCGUGUCCGUACUGCUUACCCCUCAGGGAGACCCGGAUGCACUUGACAUCCCGACUCCGCGCUCUUACGCGGAGGCGAUAGAGGGUCCCUACUCCUCUCAGUGGCAGGCAGCUAUGGAUGCAGAGAUGGCUUCCUGGAACUCCACAGGCACCUACGUUGACGCUGUCGCCCCUCGUGGGGCGAACAUCGUCAGUGGCAUGUGGAUCUUCAGGGUGAAGCGGCCGCCGGGUUCUCCGCCUGUCUUCAAGGCGCGUUACGUGGCUCGUGGCUUCAGUCUGCGGCAGGGAUUUGACUACUUUCAGACCUUCUCCCCCACCCCGAAGAUGACCACUCUUCGGGUAUUGCUGCACAUUGCUGCUCACCGUGACUACGAGCUCCACUCUCUCGACUUCAGCACAGCUUUCUUGCAGGGCAGCCUGCACGAGGAGAUCUGGCUGCGCCGCCCACCUGGCUUCACUGGGUCUUUCCCUCCUGGUACCCAGUGGAGUCUCCGGCGUCCAGUCUACGGUCUUCGCCAGGCGCCACGUGAGUGGCACGACACACUGAGGACUACGCUUGCGGCUCUUGGGUUUGCUCCUUCUACUGCCGACCCGUCGCUGUUUCUGCGCACCGACACCUCUCUGCCGCCGUUCUACAUCCUCGUGUACGUCGACGACUUGGUCUUUGCCACAGCUGACACUGCUGGACUCGCCUACGUGAAGUCCGAGCUGCAGAAGCGACACACGUGCACAGACCUGGGUGAACUGCGCAGCUACCUUGGCUUGCAGAUCACCCGGGACAGAGCACGCCGCACCAUUACCCUGAUUCAGUCACACAUGGUGCAGCAGGUCCUUCAGCGCUUCGGCUUCACGUACUCCUCGCCUCAGGCCACUCCUCUGUCUACUCGCCACUCACUCUCAGCUCUGCCUUCGGAUGAGUCCGUAGAGUCGAGUGGCCCGUAUCCAGAGCUUGUUGGCUGCCUCAUGUACCUGAUGACCUGCACACGACCUGACCUUGCAUACCCUCUUAGCAUUCUUGCACGCUAUGUUGCUCCUGGGAGACACCGACCAGAGCACAUGGCUGCAGCGAAGAGGGUGUUGGGCUACUUGUGCAGUACGUCGGGCAUGGGGCUAGUGCUUGGAGGGCGGAGUCCAGUGGUCCUCACUGGGCACGCGGACGCUUCUUGGGCUGGCGACCAGGCUACGCAGCGGUCGUCACAGGGUUACACCUUGUGUCUUGGUUCCGGCUCUGUUUCGUGGCGGGCUACCCGCUCAUCUUCUGUUCUCGGCUCCAGUUGUGAGGCUGAGAUCUACGCCGGGGCUAUGGCUGCCCAGGAGCUUCGCUGGCUCACCUACCUACUGACCGACCUUGGAGAGCCACCUCGUUCUCCUCCAGUCCUGUACGUAGACAACAAGGCCAUGCUGGCCUUGUGUCGAGAGCAGAGACUGGAGCACAGGACAAAGCACAUUGCUCUCCGUUACUUUCUUGCUCGUGAAAUACAGCAGCGUGGACAGUUGCGACUUGCGUACGUGGCCUCUGAGGCCAACACUGCUGAUGUUUUCACCGAGGCACUUGCGCCUUGUGAUCAUCAGCGCUUCUGCACUCAGCUGGGUCUUGUGCCUGUCUUGCCUCACUUGCUCACUUCUUGA